UCAACCACAAUGAUUGAGAAGAACCACAGAAGAAGAAGCCAUUCGCUGCACGACUGUAACGAUGGCGGCCACCCUGAGAGGAAGCCUGGUAACAUUGGUCAAGGGCCUGAGUGGCCCCCAGUGGCAGCAGCUGGCCUCUCGACCCUUCAGUGUGUCUGCUGGCCGCUCUGGUCCAGAAGCCCCACCGGCGCGCGCCGAUGCCAUCUUCAAGGUCACAAUGUUGCCGGGUGAUGGAGUGGGACCUGAGCUGAUGACUGCCGUCAAGGAAGUGUUCAAGGCAGGAGAUGUCCCGGUAGAAUUUGAGGAGUUUCACCUCAGUGAGGUUCAGAACAUGGCUAGUGAGGAAAAGCUGGAGGAAGUGCUUACCUCUAUGAAAACCAACAAAGUGGCCAUGAAAGGAAAGAUUCACACACCCAUGGAAUUCAAAGGGGAGCUGGCUUCAUAUGAGAUGAGACUAAGGCGCAAACUGGACCUGUUUGCUAAUGUGGUUCAUGUGAACAGCCUGCCGGGCUACAGCACUCGCCACAACAACCUGGACCUGGUCAUCAUCCGCGAACAGACUGAGGGAGAGUACAGCUCCCUUGAACACGAGAGUGUGACCGGUGUGAUCGAAUGUUUGAAGAUCAUCACCAGAGUGAAGUCACGCCGCAUCGCCAAGUUUGCCUUCGAUUACGCCACCAAGAAAGGACGAAGCAAGGUCACCGCUGUUCACAAGGCCAACAUCAUGAAAUUAGCAGAUGGCUUGUUCCUGCAGUGCUGUGCGGAGGUGGCAGAACUGUACCCCAAAAUCAAAUAUGAGAACAUAAUCAUUGAUAACUGUUGCAUGCAGCUCGUACAGAACCCGUACCAGUUUGACGUGCUGGUUAUGCCCAACCUGUAUGGGAACAUUAUUGACAACCUGGCAGCAGGGCUGGUUGGAGGAGCGGGAGUUGUUCCUGGUGAAAGCUACAGUGCCGAGUAUGCUGUGUUUGAGACUGGUGCACGCCACCCCUUUGCACAAGCUGUAGGACGGAACAUUGCCAACCCCACAGCUAUGCUGCUCAGUGCAGCUAACAUGCUCAGGCACCUCAACCUGGAAUAUCACUCCCAAAUGGUGUCGGAUGCUGUCAAGAGGGUCAUCAAACAGGGCAAGGUACGGACACGAGACCUUGGUGGGUACUCCACGACUGGCGACUUUGUGCAAGCUGUUGUGGAAAACCUGCGUCACCGACCCGCUUACUAAGAUGUGUCGUCGCACCCCUCACUGACAUUUCCUUAAAUCUGAACACCGAGCUAAGGCUCCCCUCCCCUCGUAUUGCAAAAAGAGACUCGUGCCACACAGUUUUGACGGGCAACAUAAUGUAUUUGUUUUUAUCAAUUUUGCCUUGUGUCAAACUUUACUGAAAAACAUGUGCCACUCACAAGGCUUCUUCUCGUGGAUUUAAAUCAUGCAUCUAGAGCACCACUCGAAGGUUUGGACACCCUCUAUUUUUCCUCAUGUCCUCGUUGCUUCAGCAUUGUUGGCCAGACAGACGACCUCUCUGCCAUCACACAGAUUAAUAGCCAAAGAUAUGAUGUCACAGUGCCCGUAAAGCCAGUGCUCCAUUCAUUGACAAAGCACGGCAGCUCCACCGGGUUGGAUUAUGAAUCAAUAAUCUGUUGUAUAUAGAAUGAUUUGUAUACGAGCGUGCUGCUUGUGCAAACAGAACUUUCAAUGUCACGGAUGCUGUAAAAAUUAAAAAAGCUGCUCCAAGUCACCUCUUCAGCUGUCAUGCUUUUUGUCUUACUGUGCUUCAAGACUUUAUCAGCAAUAGUAAAAGAUACAGUAAUGUGCAAGUCAUUGCACUCUUAUUUCAAACUCGGGUGAAAUCAAAUUUAUCACACUGGAGAACGCGUACAGCUAUCGGUGUCAACUGUGUCCUGUUCUUACCAGUUAAUAAGAUAAGACCCAUGUUGGACAUUGUGUCUUCCUGUAACAUUAACAUUAGUUUCAAAACAUUAGCACUAUAUAUGGUUUAUAAAUGUACACCGAGUGGAAUGUUAUUAAUCAGUGAAAAUAAAGAAGAGAACUUAAA